ACUUACAUUUAUUCUGUAGCGAUUUAUAUUCUCAGAAUAUUUGAUGUAGCUUUUCAUUUAUAAAACAUAAGAAUAGUAAAUUUUUAAAAGUAGUGUUGCGUUAACAAUUGAUCGCGUUGUUUAAAGUAAUAUUCCGUUUAUGAAUUGCCCAUAUUUCUUCCACUUGAAUUGUGGAAAUGUGAUACUUCUGAAUCACUUAUUGCAGUUAAAAAACUGCACAAGGAUGGUUUCAACGGCAAUCUCUGGAUAUGAUUGCAAUCUUCCGCUAUUAGUGUUGCGUAUAAUAAAACACGAGUGCAUAAAUUAGUUUAAUAAAGUAAAUUAAAAUACUUUACUGAUGAUAAAUCUGCGAAUUUUUUUUUUUAUUUUUUUAUUUUUUUUGGAUUAAGAAUUGUGUUGCAAAUACAAUAAAGCACUCUUCGCGUCUUUUUUUGAAAAUUUUAAUAUAUUAGUGUUGCGAGAUAUAAAAAAUGUUCCACUCACGGUUUGUUCGGAUUUAUAUUGAGUGGAUAUCUAUUUUGGUAACCCUUCUGGCUACCUUUUCAUCAUUUUUUUUUUUCAGCACCCUUUUAUCAAGAAUAUCUUUUUUACCCCAUACUCAUUUAAUAUACUCAAUAAUUUUUUUUUCAGAAAUUUGUGACCGCGUGCAAUGCGGUCAAUAGAGUCAGUGUUUGUUUCGUAAUAAUAUUUUAAGUAUUUUUUUAGAACACAGCUGUUCUAAUUUAAUUAUAAUAGUCAGUCGCGAAAUUAGAGUCAGUGUUUGUUCGCCAAUUAUAAAUUAUAAAUAUAAUUAGUAGUUUUUUAUUUUUAUUUUUUUUUUUAAAUAUUCGUUUCCGAGAUAGAGUCAGUGUUUGUCAAGAGAAUAAGGCAAUCAUCCAUCACGCGAAGAGUUUCCAUUUCCUGAUUAUGUGGUGAUGAUAUCCUAUGAGAGCAGUUCUUCGCAUCAUUGGUGAGUCGCAUGCUUUUAUGUUCCUCUGAUUACUCAAUCAUGUCGUAGGAUGAAAGAUCCGAAUCGACACGAGUAAUUGGUUGUAUACGUAGAUCUUUGCACGAGCACAGUGACCACGGAUAUAUAUAUACCCGUGAAUAGUAACAUUUCUUUUUCUUGUGUUUUAUUUAUUAGAUCAGGAUAGGUCUUCUUGUAUAUUAAUACUUUUAAAUAUUAAUAAUUUUUAAAUAUAUUAGUUCAUUCAUCUAAAAAUAAAUUAUUAUAAUCUAUUAUAAUAUAUUUACAAACAUCAAAUAUUAACAUUAAAAAUAUAUAUACAUAAAUUAAGUAAAUAGUAAAGAUAAUAGUUUUAUUUCUCUUAUUUAAAAAUAUAUCAAAUAUUGUAUACAAGAAGACACUUCGCGACAGGUAGAUUUUUAAAUCAAAGCUACAAGUUUUGAAUAUUUCUUUUAUAUUUCUGAAAAAGUGCUUUGAUAAAGAGAUCGCCUGAGGUUAUUCUUACUAUUAAAUAUAUCAUAAAAAUAAUAAUAUAAAUGUAUUUCAAUGUAGAGUCAAUUAUUUACUAUUAAUUCUCAAAAUAAAUUUCUUAUUUAUUGUUUCUAUAUUUUUACUUUUUAAAAUUACUCAGAAUUCAUUAUAUUUGUAAAUUAAGUUUAUUAAAGCUUGAAGUAAAAUAAAUAGAUAUUGAAUUGAAAAAUAUUAGUUCGUUAGAUAUACUAAUAUCUUUUUUUAGCUCAGGAUUUUCAGAUUUAACCCUUUCCAUGUCCAUUGCCAGGAUCUCAUUCACGUGCCCCGGUGCUACUUGGGUGAGAGAAAGGCAAUGGGCAUGAUGAAUCUAGUUCAUAAGUUUAUAAUAAUUUUUCAGCGACUGACGAUGUGUUAGUGAAUCGUGCACGACGUAUUUUCCACAUUGUGUGUGUGUGGUUAGGCUGUGGAAUUGCGUCGUUUAUCAUUCCAUGCAAUAUAGCAUAAUAUAUUUACGUGUAAUUUCAUUAUAAUUUCGAAUAACUUACAUGUAAUAUUGUAUAUUUUACUUCCAAAUUACGACAAUGAUAUUAAAUAUUAUUUUAGUAAUUUAAUUCUUUCAAGAAAUAUACAUUUUUGUGGAUAGAUAUUGAAUUAAUUAAUAUGUAUUUUUAUCGCAAUGGUCCCUAGCCAUCGUCAGUCGAUUUCAGGGAAAUGGUACGUAAACUUAGAGUGUGAGAGUAGUGUGCCAAGCUCGGGUGUCGGAGGUGUCCCGGGACAUUUUCCCUAGUGUAGGCUUUUGCGCCCGAGUAUUAUGCGUGAGAAUCGUGGAAUGAAUGUGUUGGUAUGCCCGUUUUGCCAUUUUUUAAAUAUAGGGCUAGGUAGGAUAGGUAGUAUACUUCUGAUAUGCCUGUUAAAUAUAAGUAGGUAGGGCCGGGCAGAUUGUCACAGUCUCUGAUCGGGUAGGCGCGUUUUCGCGUGACAAUCUGUUUCAGGAAAUAAAAUUUGAUAAAUCGAUGGUGAAGCUGAGAUGAACGGAGAAAUGCCAUUUGUCUCUGGCUUUGCUGAUCGAUUUUUCGAAUUCCGCGGUCGCGGUCGUGAUUUGGUUCCGAAACGAACGUUGCGCUCGAGAUUCUGCACAUGUAUGAACAAUGAUCAUUUCGAUUAUUAGUCGUCCAUGUGCUAGUUUCCGCGAUUUAGUCUUUUUUUUUAUUUCUUUUUUUGUUUACGAUUAGCGAAUCUCGAGCCUAGAUUUAAGUUUCAGCGGGCAUUGCGCCCGAAGGAGGAAGACCGAAGAGGCCCGACAAACUGUCACGAAGAGGGCUGCAACGAAUGGCUUCUCAUUUUUUGGAUUUUCUUUGGUCCAAAGAAUGGGAAGUCAUUGUUACUAUUUUGUCACUGUGCUCGUUUUAGUAAUGCGUAGUAUUUGUUGUUGUAUUGUCUGGCCGAUUGCAUGCCGGCCCACCGAAUCCAGUCAUCAUGGGCAUCGCGAUUUUUUAUUAGUGUUGCGAUUAAUUAAUAACGGGUUGAAUUAGAGUUGCGUUGUAAUUGUCGCGUUUCCUUGUUAGUGUUGCGUUGAAAUGAAAAUCGCGUUUAUUUUAGUGUUGCGUUUAAAUAAAAAUCGCGUUUGUAUUAGUGUUGCGUUAAAGUAAAAGUCGCGUUUGGAUUAGUGUUGCGUUAAAAUGAGAUUCGCGGUUGCAUUAGUGUUGCGAAUUAUAAGAUAUCGCGAUUUUUUAUUAUUAGAAAUAGAAUUGUUUUAAUUUUUUUAAUUAAAAUAAAUUCAUAACUUUAUUUUUAAACUAUAGUUCAUUUUUAAUUAAUAAUAGCUUUCUAGCCAUAUAGAAGCAAUGAUUUCUAUUGAAUUUGUUUUAAAAUGUAGUGUUGCGUUGAUAAAUAAUCGCGUUUGUAAGUAGUGUUUCGAAUAUUAAAUGCCCCAACUUUUUCCACUUGGAUUGUGGAAAUACUCAACGCUUCUGUUCACUUUAAGUGGCUAAUAAAGCUGCAAGGGUGAUCACACAGCAGUCAUUAAGGAGACUGCACUGAAUUUGUCGCUAUAGUGUUGCGUUAUUUAAAUUUGAGUGCAUAGAGUAGUGUUGCGUAAAUAUUGUUUUCCGGAAUUUUUCAGCUUUUUUUUUUAUAUUUUUUUUGUCAAUUUAAAUCAGUAUUGCAAGUAUGAUAAAGCACUCAUCGUGGUUGAUUUAAAAAAUUUUCUAUUUUAUAAAAAUAAAAUAUUAGUUUAUUAGUAUUGCGAUAUAAAACGAUUCGCGGUUGCUCGGGUUCAUAUCAAGUGGAAGAUAUUUUUUAUUUGAGUAGUCCUUCUGGCUACUUGUUUUCUUUUUCAGCGUCCCUUAUACAUUCUACCUUUGUUGCAGAAAAUAUUGUAGGUAAGAAACUUUUGUAAGAAUUUUUCUAAGUUUUUUUAAAAUACCGAAUUUAAAUUCUUUUUAACAUUUAAAUUUUUUAGAGUCAAUAAUGGUGAAUGUUCGUUAUAAAAUUUAUUUUUUUAUACUGUUCCAAACCAAUAUUAUUUCUUUUUUUUUUUUUUCUUUUCUUAAUUAUUAUACUAAUCGUUCAAAUAAGUUUGUUUCAGAUCAUCUUCCAGGAAAUGCCAAUGAAAGAAGAUGAGUACUUCAUGUAAUAUUCUUUUCCCUUGAUUAUAUGUUUUAUAUCUUUGUGUAGGUAGGGUUCCUAUAUAAAUUUUUAAAUUAUAUAGGAAAAUAUUAGUUUUAUUUAAAAAAAGCAUUUAAUUAAUAUGUAGGUAGGGAUUACAGGGAUUUGAUCUAGAUGAAUCAGAUUAUUUUGAAUAGGGAUCAGUAGGGAUCAUAUUUUUUUUAAGGAUAUUUGUAAAUUAUAUUUAAGAAUUCAUUAAAUUUUUCUAAAUAAAAGUUUUAGAAUAUAAAUAGAUGGCUUAUACAAUUGUUGCUUUAGGAAUAGUGCUUAAAGUAGAAUUUGUUUAAAAUGCAUGUAUAACAAGUGAUAAUAAUAGUAGUAGGUAGAAAUUCUGGAACUGUGUAGAAUAUAUUUAAUUUUUUUAAAUUUUUUAAUUAAUUAUCAAUAUUUUAUAUUUUCAUGGCAAUGAAUAUAUAAAAUAUUGAUUUAUGUAUGUGAAGUGAUGUGUGUGCUUUAUGUAGAGUUGCAUAUAAUUAAGAUAUAAUUUAAUUUUUACUUUCAGAGAUUUAAUUUAUAUCUUAAGAAUUCUUUUGUUGUUUGUUUUGCACAAACAUUUGAUCAAAGAUCAAAUGUUUUGCAAACCUACAUCAAAAAAAAAAUUUAUUAAUUUUAAAUAAAUUUUUUUGAGUAAAAAAGCUUGGAAUCGUAGAUGCAAUGAAUUUCUUGCAUAUACAUACAUGUAUAUAUAGAUAUACACAUGUAUGUAUAUCUUUUUUCGAGAAUAAGAUAAAUAUAGUUUCUAUGUUAGCCAUAGUAAAUUGCAGAAAUUGUAAAAAUUACUGCUUUUUUCAUGGUCGAUAUUUCAGAAUGUAACACAAAAAUCUUAUAAGAUGUCGUGUCUAUCCUGAUUUAUAGUCUAUGGUAAAGUAUUGAAAAUUGAGUACAACACUUGAGUUUCAAUACUUUUCAAGAGAUGGCGUUACUAAAGAAAGUAACAGUUAUUCUCUAUAUUACAUUUGUGUUCUUUGUUCGAUGAAAAUCAACAAUAUAACCUUAAAAUUAGGAAUUAUACGUUUAAGUAUCACGUGGAGUGAUUAAAAAUAAAUUUUUUAAGUUUUUUGUUAUAAAUGUAAUUUCAAAAUAGUGUGAUUAUAUUAAAGUAUUAAUUUUUAUUUCAUAAACUAAAUGUAAUCAACCGAGUCUCGAUUGAUAAAGUUUGUGCGAUGAUAGAAAUUAAUACAUAUUAAAAAAUUGAAAAUUAAAUAUUAUUAUAAAAAUAUUGUAUAAAAAAUGAGUGAUUCUGAAAAAGAGGAUGAUCCCAAGACAACAGGUCCAGUGGACAAUGCCUGGUCAUUAGAAAUUCCAUCUUUUAAACCUGAAGACAAUCCUAAUCGUUUACUUCAAGAAAGUUCAUUUGCAACUUUGUUCCCAAAAUACAGAGAACAAUAUUUAAAAGAACAUUGGCCAUUGAUUCAGAAAGCUUUAGAUGAUUAUGCAAUCAAAGCUGAAUUAGAUUUCAUUGAAGGUAGUAUGACUGUGAAAACUACUAGAAAAACAUGGGAUCCAUAUAUUAUAAUUAAAGCUCGUGACAUGAUCAAACUUAUGUCAAGAUCUGUUCCUUUUGAACAAGCAGUUAGAGUACUUCAAGAUGAUAUUAGUUCAGAUAUUAUAAAAAUAUCUUCUUUUGUAAGAAACCGAGAAAAAUUUGUCAAGAGACGUCAGAGGCUUAUAGGACCAAAAGGAUGCACUUUGAAAUCCAUUGAAUUAUUGACAAAUUGUUAUGUUCUUGUACAAGGACAGACAGUGGCUGCAUUAGGUCCUUAUAGAAGUCUUCCAUUAGUUAGACGUAUUGUUGAAGAUACUAUGAAAAACAUUCAUCCUAUUUAUAAUAUUAAAGCAUUAAUGAUUAAGAGAGAACUGGCAAAAGAUCCAAAAUUAAAGAAUGAAAAUUGGGAGAGAUUUUUGCCUAAAUUCAGUAGUAAAAAUAUUAAUAAGAGGAAGCAGCCGAAGAAUAAGAAAGAGAAAAAACCAUAUACUCCGUUCCCACCUCCUCAACAAGAGAGCAAGAUAGACAAGAUGAUAAGUACAGGAGAAUAUUUUUUGAACGAACAGCAGAAAAGAGCCAAGAAGAAGAAAGAACAAGAUAUCAAGCACCAGGAGGCUGAGAAAAGAAGACAAGAACGUAGGGCGCAAGCAUUUGUACCUCCUGAGGAGGCAUCUAAAGAGAAAAAGGAAGAGAAGGAUGAUAUAAACUUAGAUGAAUUUAAGAAGAAGGUUAAUAAUGCACUCAAAAAACGUAGUGCAAAAUCAUAAUAUUUAAACCACAUCUUUAAUUGUAAAUUAAUUGUCAUUCUUACAAGACUAUUCACUAUAUUAUUUGAUAUUUUUAACUAAAUAAAAUAUUUGCUGGUUAAAAAAA